AUGUUUUUCAGUGCAGUAAUGAAUGAUUAUUAUAGUACUUAAAUUUGUGAACAAGUAAUAGCUGAAAUAUUUAACAUUGAACAUACAUAAUCAGACGAUUUAAUAACAAAUAUUUUAUUGAUAGAAGAGAGAGCAGCAUUAAUAUAAAUUAGUAUGGUUAGAAAUAGAGGUAAAAUAAUUAAUUCAGAUAAAAGGUUAUUGGCAAAAUAUUUUGACUUUGAUGAAUAGGAAUUUUAAUAAAUAGAUACUAUUAGUGCUUUGAUGCCAUAUUUUUUUGCAGAAAAACAUGACAGAUUACUUUAGGAUUAUUUGUAAUCAGCAAAAUCUAUUUUUUUUGAUGAUUAUAAAUUAGUAUUUGGAAUAUCAAGAGAAGGAUUUUUAGUACCUUAAUAAUUAAAAAUUGAUAAUGAUUUCUCUCUUUUAGAUGAUUAUAUUUUAAUGGGAUGUAUGUCUAAAGUAAAACAUUCAUCAGAUUUUGUUUUAUUUGGAGAAGAUGGUUAUCUAAUUGGUUGUACUUAAAAUUUUUAUGAAAUGUUUUUUACAUUUUAACAAUCAAUAAAUAGAUUUACUUCUGAUAUGAUAUGUCAAAUUAGCAUUUGCAUGUUGUUUCCAAAUAUAUUUGAUUUGCUCAUUGAUUUAAGAAAUAAACUAAAGAGUGACUUAUAAUAUGGAUCACCUGAUAAUUAUUGUAAAAUUUGGAAAUUCUUUAAUAUAAAAGAUAUCUUAGAAGAUGGAUUUAAAUUAUAAUAAUCAUUAAAACAGUUUUCAACUCAAAAUUAUGAAAAAUCUUAAAGUAUUUAAAAAUCAAGGACAAGUUAAGCAUCAUUAGAUUUAAAUAAAACAAGAAUCCUCUAAUAAUAAAUAAUUGAUAAUUAUGAAGUUCAGAAUUCAUUGAAAACUAUUUAAUAUCUAUAUUAAUUACCAUUAUUUAAUGUUGUUGUUUAAAGUUAAAUGGCUGAUAAUAUAAGAAGAUUUGAAGUAAUUAAUUAUAAUAUAUACUUAGGAAAAGUAAAAAUAGUGUUUUAUUAGUAAAGUGCAAUUGUAAUUUAGAAUAAUGGGAAAGAAAGACUAAAGAAAAGGCUAUUUUAUUUUAGAAAUCUUAGAUAUUAGAAGAACUGAUGAUAAUAAAACAAAUGAAUCAAUUGCAAAUAAUUAAUACUCAAAUAAUGCUGUUUCUACAAAUUAUCAUUAAUAAAGUAAUAUGUAUAUUAAAGAUAUUAGCUAAUAUGGAAAAUAGUUAAUCAUAAAUUCAACCUAGUGAAAAUGGAUUAGAAGCACCAUCAGUAGCUGUGGAGGAAAUACGUCCAGAUGUUACAAAAAUAAAUGAAGUUUCAUUAUUAAUCAAAAAGUAUGGAAAUAGAUUGCCAGAAUUAUCAAAUUAUGAAGGUUAAUUGAUUGCUAUAGAAUCUGCAAGAGAUAGUAUGAGUUAUGCACCUAUUUCUCAAAGAAUUUAAUUCAUCAGUCCUUCUUCUAAGUAAUAGUAAUUACAAGGAUUAAUUGAAAAGGAUUUUACGGAUUUAUAAAACCAACUUGAAUAUGGAAAUGGAGAUAUCAUAAAUGAUAUUGAUGUACCAGAAUCAUCAUAAGUUAAAGGAAUAAGUAGUAAUAAUAAGAAGGAGAAUAGUCAUAAUCUUUUAUAAUAAUUAUAAGAAAAUCAAUUAUAAUAAAAGAAGAAUGAUUUUGAAGUGAGUGCAAAGAAAUCAAGAUCAAGUAAUACUUCUGGUACAUCUGGAAUAUCUGCAAUACAAGUUAUAAAGAAAUUUCAAUCAAAGAGGGAUUUAACUUAAAGUUUAUAAGCAUUAUUAGCAAUUAAUAUUUUGAUAGUAUUGAUAAUUGCUAUAUAUAUAAUUAUUCAUCUAACAAAUGUUAGUGCAUACCAUGAUGAAUUAUUAUAGACUCUUAUUAAUAUUCAAGCACCUUUAUUAUUUAAUAGAUAUUUCUUUAAGACUUUUUGUUAUAUAUGGAGUCUAGUGUUCAAUUCAUUAAGUAUUAUAGACAGCAGUGAUUAUAUAAUUACUUAAACUUUAUAAGAGAUUGAAGUACUUGCAGACACAAUGCUUGGCAGUUUAAGAAAUAUGUAUGAUACAUUUAUUGGAAUUGAGUUUUAGGGAAUGUUAAGUAAAAUUAAUUUAGAUUUUUUAUAUUAAGAAAAUGAAGAAGUAACUUAUACAUAUUUUAUAAAUUUUAUAUCAAAUAUUGCUGAUUUAUUGUUUUAGGCAUAAUAUCAUACUGUUUAGAAUUUAGAUGAAUUGAUUGAUUAAAACUAUCUAGAUAAUCUAUUGACAUUAAGAUACAAUUUAAAGAAUGUUAAUUAUAUGAAUGUUGAAUUAUUGGAUUCAUUAAAUAUAUUAUUCUUUGAUUUGUAAUAAUCAAAAUUAACAGAAUUCUAAUUAUAAAUAAGCAUAGAAAUAAUAAUAUUAUGUUUAAUUAUGUUUGGUUAAAUUUAUUAUUGGAAUCAACUGGAAAAAUAUUGUCAAACAAUAAUUCUUUUAGCUGGAAGGUUGUAGGAGAAUUAAGCUUAAGAGUAAAUUAUUAGAUUUUCUUAUGUAAAUGAAACUUUAUCAACAUUUUUAGGAAAGUAAAGUUGGAAAUAAUAAAAUUAUUAUAAGUUAUUAUAUUCAUCAUUAAAUUAAUUAGGUUUAGAAUCUGUUUAUACUUAAUCUAGAAUAUUGAAGGAUUAUCAAUUAUAAUUGAUUAAUAAAAAUCCUUAGAGGUCAGAUGUAAAUAAUGAAGAAGGAUAGAAAAAAAUUAGAAAGAAUUAGAAUGUUGUAUUAAAUUCAAGGAUUGCUAAUUCUGGAAUAUCUAUUAUAAAAGAGGUAUUUAUUAUAACAAUAUCAUUCAUAAUUAUUCUUGGAUUUAUAAUUGGAGGUUAUUUCUUAUAUAAUUCUUAAGCAAGUAAUUUAUAUCCUACUUAAUAAUUGACAUUAAGUUUUAUUAGAUUUACUUCAUAAUAAGACAUCACUAUAAGUUGUGCAUUAGUAAUCAAAUCAUAAUAAGUGUUAUUUUAAAAAUUAAUAGAAGAUAAAUAUUAUACAGAUAUAUAAAUUCAGAAUUUUUAAGGAGCUGGAGAAAUUAUGAAUAUAUUUUUGGAUUAUUAUGAUUCAUAUUUUGAAAAUUUAACAGCUAUCUAUGAAUUCAUUUUAGAAUCAAAUAGAAUAAAUGGAGAUGAUGAAGCUGUUCUAUUUAAUUUGUAUUCUGAAGACUUUUGUUUAUUAUUAGCUGAUCUUAUUCCUUUUUGUGAAGUAGAUGCUAAUUUCAAUUCUAAAUAUGGGUCACCCAAUCCAGAUGAUGAUAAUCGAGAGUUUCUAAGUUCAGGUAUCUAAGGUGUAGUAAGUCGAAUUGAUUCCUUAUUUAAAUAGUAAUUCAUUUAUGAAAUAGAGAACUAAGAUUAUAGAGAUGAGUUAGAUAUAGUCAUAGAAUAAUUAAAUACUAAAGAGUUUAAUAAUGCAAUUUUUUAGCACUUUUUAGAUACAACUGAUGGUACUAAUUUAUUUAUAGAUAACAUUAUGUUAAUAUUAAAGAAUGUGAUGGGGGAGGAUUUAAAUGUAGUUUAUUCAUAUUACUUGGCAGCAGGGAUAUCUUUAGUACUGAUAUAUAUUAUAGUCUUUGGAAUUUGGAUGUACUCCACAAAUUAAAGACUAAUUUUGUUAAGAUUAGUGUUAACUAAUCUACCUAUAGAAACAUUGACAGAACCACACACAUUAACAUUAUUAAAGAAAUUGAAAUGA